GGGUGGGGGGGGCGCGGAACGGGCCAGGCCGGGCCGGGCCAGGCCGGAGCCCCCCCGGUAGCGCGGGAUGGGCGACAGCGACCGCGACUGCCGGAGCCCUGACAGCUCCUCGCUCAGCGCUUCGCCGCCCCCCCCCCCCGGAGCCUGCAGCCCCCCUCCCCCUGCUGGGCUCGGCCAUGACCUCCUCGCUCAACCCUCCCCCCACUGCCACCCUGGGCUCUCCCUUCCCGGUCAUCAGCUCCUCCCUGGGGUCCCCUGGGCUGCCGGCGACCCCGGCCCUGGCCUACGGCCCCGUCAGCAGCCCCCAGAUCAACUCCACCACGGUGAACCUCUCCGGGCUGCACCCUGUCAGCAGCUCCGACGACGUCAAACCCCCCCUGGGCAUCCGGGCCACGCCCUGCCCCCCCCACGGGGCGGUGCCCGCCCCGCCCGGCGCCGGCGGCAAGCGGCUCUGCGCCAUCUGCGGCGACCGCUCCUCAGGGAAGCAUUAUGGGGUGUACAGCUGCGAGGGCUGCAAAGGCUUCUUCAAGAGGACCAUCAGGAAGGACCUGAGCUACAGCUGCAGGGACAACAGGGACUGCGUGGUGGACAAGCGGCAGCGCAACCGCUGCCAGUACUGCCGCUACCAGAAGUGCCUGGCGUCUGGCAUGAAGAGGGAAGCCGUGCAGGAGGAGAGGCAGCGCGGGAAGGAGAAGGAGGGGGAGGGCGACCUGGGGGCCAAUGCCAACGAGGAGAUGCCAGUGGAGAAGAUCCUGGAGGCUGAGCUGGCAGUGGAGCAGAAGUCAGAGCAAGGCGUGGACGGUGCCAGCCCCGGAGCAGGAGGAGGAGGAGGAGGAGGAGGAGGAGGGGGAGGUGGCACCUCGGCCGCCGACAAGCAGCUCUUCACCCUGGUGGAGUGGGCCAAGAGGAUCCCACACUUCUCAGAGCUGCCCCUGGACGACCAAGUGAUCCUGCUGCGGGCUGGCUGGAACGAGCUGCUGAUCGCUUCCUUCUCGCACCGCUCCAUCUCGGUCAAGGACGGCAUCCUGCUGGCCACCGGCCUCCACGUGCACCGCAACAGCGCCCACAGCGCCGGCGUGGGAGCCAUCUUUGACCGGGUCCUGACGGAGCUGGUGUCGAAGAUGCGAGACAUGAGGAUGGACAAGACGGAGCUGGGCUGCCUCCGAGCCAUCAUCCUCUUCAACCCCGAUGCCAAGGGCUUGUCCAACCCUGCCGAGGUGGAGCUGCUCCGGGAGAAGGUUUAUGCCUCCCUGGAGUCCUACUGCAAGCAGAAGUACCCUGAGCAGCAGGGCAGGUUCGCCAAGCUGCUGCUGCGGCUGCCGGCCCUGCGCUCCAUCGGCCUCAAGUGCCUGGAGCACCUCUUCUUCUUCAAGCUGAUUGGGGACACCCCCAUCGACACCUUCCUCAUGGAGAUGCUGGAAGCCCCCCACCAGCUCUCCUGAGACCCCCUCCCCGGGAC